GGAGCAUCAGACCUCAGGCCGGGCUGCUGGACAGUGGAAGCCCUCUCCGGGCGCCCCCGUAGCGCGGGUGGUGCAGGGUGAGCGAGUGCGGAAGAAGAGCCGUUCCGGGUCCCCGGUGUUCGGUGUCUCAGGCGCUGCUCAAACCCUCAGACAUAAUGUCGAGCAGAGAUGAUCAGCGAUCGCACAGCUUAGCCAAACCCACUUUCAGCGAGGCCCAGGCCUGUGCAGUAGUCGAGUCGGUAUUCGGGUUCAAAGUUUCCAAGAUCCAGCCACUUCCUAGCUAUGACGACCAAAACUUUCACGUAUGUAUUUCAAGAGCCACAGACACCCCAGGUGCCCCCACGGACUAUGUCCUCAAAAUAAGCAACACCGAGUCCAGCAAAACCCCCGACCUGAUUGAGGUGCAGAGUCACAUCAUCCUGUUCCUGCAAGCGGCGGGAUUUCCCACAGCUUCUGUGUGUCGCACCCAAGGGGACAACAUAACCUCGCUCUUGUCUGUAGAUAGUGGUUCCGAAACCAAGAACUACUUGGUGAGGCUGCUAACAUACCUCCCGGGAAGACCCAUUGCUGAGAGCCCCGUCAGCCCCCAGUUACUGUAUGAAGUAGGAAGGCUGGCUGCCAAAUUGGAUAAGACACUGGAGAAAUUCCAGCACCCAAAGUUAAGGUGUCUUCAUCGGGAGAACUUCAUCUGGAAUCUGAAAAAUGUUCCUCUUCUGGAGAAUUAUCUGUGUGCCUUGGGCCCAGAUCAAAAUCGGGCGAUUGUGGAAAAGGUCGUUCAGCUGUUCAAGGAUGACGUGAUGACCAAAUUAAGGCAUUUUCGAGAAUGUAUCAAUCAUGGAGAUCUUAAUGAUCAUAACAUCCUAGUCGAGGCCAGCGAGUCCACCCUUGGAGAUGCUGUGUACCGUGUGUCUGGGAUUUUAGACUUUGAUGACAUGAGCUAUGGCUACUACGUGUUUGAAGUGGCCAUCACCAUCAUGUACAUGAUGAUUGAAAGCAAGACUCCUCUACAAGUGGGUGGUCAUGUGCUGGCAGGCUUUGAAAGCAUCAUCCCCCUGACACCGACAGAGAGGGGCGCUUUGUUUCUUCUUGUGUGCAGUCGUUUUUGUCAGUCACUUGUCUUAGCUGCACACUCUUGCCAGCUACAGCCAGAGAACAAAGAAUAUAUCAUGAUUACUGCAAAAACCGGGUGGAAGCACCUACAGCAAAUGUUUGACAUGGGCCAGAAAGCUGUAGAAGAAAUCUGGUUUGACAUUGCCAAGUCCUAUGAAUCUGGGAUCUCCACGUAACUGCAUAAAAUUAACAUGAACUUGGGUAAUUAACCCAGUAGGACCAACUCUAAGCCUAUAAGCAGUUUCCCUGCACAGUUAAAAAUUAAUUGGUGGAACAGAUCAAUGCAUGUGAAGCCA